AUGACCGUGACUAGUGGUUGUGUAACGUUGAAGAAAGAUGCACAAAAUCUGGUUGGAAUCAGUAUUGGUGGUGGUGCCCCAUACUGUCCAUGUCUCUAUGUGGUGCAAAUCUUCGAUGGAACUCCAGCCUCCGAGGAUGGUACACUCCAAGCUGGUGAUGAGAUUACCGGGGUCAACGGGAUUCCAGUCAAGGGCAAAUCGAAAGUGGAAGCGGCUCGGUUAAUUCAAAGUUUCAAGGAUCAAGUUAUUAUUAAUUUUAACAAGCUCCAUGCAGACCCUAAGCAAGGCAAAACAUUGGACAUUGUACUCAAGAAAGCCAAACAUCGAGUUGUUGAAUUCAUGGAAGCAAGCACUGCGGAUGCGCUGGGUCUUAGCCGAGCUAUCCUCGUGAAUGAUGGCUUAGUCAAAAAGUUGGAUGAGCUCAAUCGAACCGCGAACAUGUUUUCUGGAAUGGUGGCUCAUGCACGAAAUAUGCUACGUGCGAUCUACGAACUCUCCCGAAUCUACGCUGCCUUGGGUGAUGUGUUCUCUGAAAUCGGCGUGAAAGAACCAAUGCGUCGCACAAGCGAAGCGUUCACACAGUUUGGCACCACGCAUCGAAGCAUGGAACGCUACUCUAUUGAUAUGCUCAAAAAGAUCAAACCGAUCGUGGCCGAUUUGAACACGUUUCUUCACAAGGCCGUUCCGGACACACGAUUGACCAUCAAGAAGUAUUUGGAUGUCAAGUUUGAAUAUCUGUCUUACUGCCUGAAAGUGAAGGAGAUGGACGACGAAGAGUACGGAUUUGCCAUGAUUCACGAGCCUCUCUAUCGCGUAGAAACCGGGAAUUAUGAAUAUCGACUCAUACUACGCUGUCGUCAAGACGCACGAAUCCGGUUUGCUAAAAUGCGUAGUGAUGUUCUGGUGAAACUGGAAUUGUUGGACAAUAAACAUGGUAAGUGUUCUUCAUUCCCCGAAAUGUCGCUUCUACACUGA